AUGCGCUGCAACCUGACGCCUCCGGUGGAAACCGAGUGCCUCUCGUGCACCACGUGCGGCACGCCGUGGCACGUGUCUUGCCUCUCGUCCCCUCCGAAAACCUUAGAAUCGACUCGGGAGUGGGAGUGCCCCGACUGCUCCGGCGUCGUCGAUCCCGUCCCGGUUUCCGGAAUCGCCGGUGCUGGAUCAUCCAACGGCUCUGUCCUCAUAGCGGCGAUCCUUGCGAUCGAGGCCGAUGAGUCUCUCACUGAGGAUCAGAAAGCCAGCAAGAAGCAGCAGUUCGUUAGCGGCAAAGCCGAUGAGGAAGAGGAGGAGGAGAAGAAUACCGGUGAAGAUGAUGAUGUAUUGGCCGCUCUGCGUGAGAAUUUCUUCUGUUCCAUUUGCCAGGAUUUGCCUGAGAGGCCAGUCACGACACCUUGUGGACACAACUUCUGCUUGAAGUGUUUCCAGAAGUGGGUUGCGCUGAAGAAAUUCAAUUGUGUGAAAUGUUGCCGUGCGAUUCCGAAGAAGAUGGCAAACAACCCUCGCAUUAACGACUCUCUAGUCGCUGUUAUUCGUCUGGCGAGGAUUUCCAAAUCUGCUGCUCCUAAGGGAAAGGCGAAAGUGUAUCACUUCAUCAGCAACCAAAACCGUCCUGACCAAGCUUUUAGAACCGCGAGGGCUAAGAAGACAGGCAAGGCCAAUGCCGCAAGCGGCAAGAUCUACGUGACUAUCCCGCCUGACCAUUUCGGCCCCAUUCCCGCUGAGAACGAUCCAAUCAGAAACCAAGGAGUGUUGGUUGGAGAGUUUUGGGCAGACAGGCUUGAUUGCAGGCAAUGGGGAGCGCAUUUUCCUCACGUUGCUGGCAUUGCUGGUCAAGCUGACUAUGGAGCUCAAUCGGUGACACUUUCUGGAGGCUAUGCGGAUGACGAAGACCAUGGUGAAUGGUUCCUCUACACUGGAAGUGGAGGAAGAGAUCUUAGUGGCAACAAGAGAACUAACUCGGUUCAGUCUUCUGACCAAAUGUUUACAAAGUCGAACGAAGCCCUAAGACUUAGCUGCAAAAUGGGCUAUCUUGUCCGAGUUGUCAGGUCUCAUAAGGAGAAGCGAUCAGCGUAUGCCCCUGGGACGAAAGUGGUGAGAUACGAUGGUGUUUACCGAAUAGAGAAAUGCUGGAGGAAAAUCGGAAUUCAGGGUAAAUAUAAGGUCUGUCGUUACCUGUCUGUGAGGUGUGAUAACGAAGCAGCACCAUGGACCAGUGAUGAGCAUGGUGAUCGUCCGAGAGACUUGCCUGAUAUUCCAGAGCUUAAGAAGGCCACUGACCUGUUUGAGAGAAAGGAAACUGAAACUCCUUCAUGGGGUUUUGAUGAAGCUGAGGGUCGCUGGAAGUGGAUGAAGGCUCCACCAGCGAGCAGAAAGUCAGUUGAAGCUUUGGAUCCUGAGGAGAGGAGGAGUCUUAAGAGAGCCAUAAAGGCGCGUAGCCACUCUGUGAAGAACAAACUUCGGAAAGAAUUUAGCUGCCGGAUCUGCCGUGAAGUGAUGAAUGCUCCGGUGAUGACUCCUUGUGGGCACAACUUCUGCAAAGGGUGCUUGGAAGGGAAGUUCGCAGGGGUUGCACAUUUGAGAGACAGAAGCAGAGGCGGACGCACACUUCGUUCUCAGAAGAACGUCAUGAAGUGCCCUUGCUGCCCAACAGACAUCUCUGAGUUUCUUCAGAAUCCAGAGGUGAACAGAGAAGUGAUGAGUGUGAUAGAGGCGCUGAAGGAGAAAGUGGAGGAGCCAGCACCAGAGGAAGAAGGUGAAGAAAGUUCUGGAAACCCAAGUGAAGAGAACGUGGAAUCCUCUGAAGGUGGAAGCAUGGAGUCUGAAGAAGGAGAAGAGGAAUCUCAGAUGGUUGGGUGUGAAGAUGAGCCACCAGCUAAGAAGAUGAAGCUCGAUGUUGAGCAAGGAGCAGUCACUGUGACUGUUUAA